AGGGUUGAUGGCGUAUUUUAAUAGGGUAGUAAGAAGACUAGAAUAGGAUUAGAUUCAUUAAGUAAGAAAGGGCUUCCUCUUUUAGAUCUUCCAGAGAAUAUAGCCUUUUAAGUUUUGCUAGGAAAUAAUGGAGAAAAAGAGUUCAUGGGCAAGGUUUGGUUUCACACUGGAUGAAGAAUUGAAGAAAGUGGCUGCUUGUGAUGAUGUGAAGGCAGCUCUUCAAACUAAGAUUAGCAGAGAACGCAUUGGAACUGAGAUUGAUCUCAUGACCUCUGGCAAUCACCCUGAUAGAGCAGUGGCCUAUAUUCGUGAUUUGACAGUAUUUUGGAUUGUCUUCAAUCUUCCUCAUGAAUUUGAGCCUGCAUUACCAGAGGAAUGCCAUAGGCUUUGUAUUGCAUGCAUAGAUGCUGCAUGGAAUCUAAUCCAACUAAUUGGGUGCUUUAACUUCAAUGCUGCUUUAUUUUUUCCACUCCGGAAUAUGGCAUACAAGGAAUGCAAAGCUAAAAGGAUUCCUGUUGUCAACCACAUUUUGAGGGAUUCUCUGAAGCGAAAAGUUAGUGAUGCUGAAACAGUUCUUAACAUCCAUAAUGCAUUGGAGAAAUUCUUACCCUUGAUUCCAUCUUGUGUGUCUAAUGAGGAUGCCCACCUCACUGGAGUUGAAUGGGGAAGAGAACUUAUUGAUGUCCCUGGUACUUCAAAACUGUGUGUGUUGACAGGGUUUCUGCUGAGAGAAAUCAAAGAUUUCUGGCAAGUUGCCUUAUUGUUGUCUACAUUGCUAUACCCAGCUGAUGUCAAUUAUACUCAAGAUAUGCUAAACAAGCACUUUGAACUGGAGAAGAGAAAAGAGUUGUUCGUGACGGUUGAAAAUGCCAUUGUAAAACUAGGUCUGGAGAAGGUUUGGGAUCUAAAGUCAUUAGUUAAUGGGAAAGCUAUAAUGGACAUUCUGCAGCUUAAAGCUGGAGGACCACUUGUUAGAGAUUGGCAACAAAAACUCCUUGCAUGGCAGUUAGCUCAUCCCUCUGGUACCAAAGAGGAAUGUCUCAAUUGGAUGCGAGAAACCCAUUUAAAUCACACAGAGAUGGAGUAAUUGCCCCGUCAGCUGCCUGCAGUCUCCAUUAGGCAAUAGUUCCAGUAGGAGCCUGAUGAGUUCUCUCUAUGGUACUUCUGUCGAAAAUCUCGAUUAUGGCUACCAUCCAAGCACUGCUAACAUCCUUGAACUACAGAAUUUCUAGCGGAUGACACUGAAAAGCUUCACAGGGAGCAGAGUCAACCAUAAGAAAUUUUGUACACAUGCUUGGUAUAACAAUAUAUAGUCACUAUAAUAAUUGUGAUUAAUUUCU